AUGUCACGAGCGUAUCAACCGUCUUGGGAUUUCUGUAAAGCCUUCAAAAAUCAAGUUCCACAAGAAGCAGAAAAUUAUGCUGAAACUUCCGAAAUUCCCGAAAACCAAGUGGAAGCUCCUCCUCCUCCACCUCCUCCUCCUCCUCCGCCUCUUCCUCCCAGAGUGAAAACUAUAGCUAAGGCACUCAGGAAAGAACUCCCAGAAGUCAUGGCGACCUGGAAAUCUUUUCUGCCUGAUCUGUCAGCCGAAGACCUCAGGAGGUACCACUUUGCUCAUCACACGGUAGCUUGUCUUGAACUCGAAGAGGCUGGCUACAAGAACGCUGCUCAAUAUUUGAGGAUGCUAUUUGACCUGGAGGAGGAGAUGAGGGUCAAAGCUGGACCCGGGACGAUAAUUUGGACUAACCCACGGCUCAAAGAUGACGAUCCUUCGGUUGAUCGUCUGAAGAUCGGCUUGGCUGAAGCGAACAAAGCGAUGCUGAAUGAGCAGCCGAUCGCGCAAGCAGCUGCUCUUUUAGAGACCGCAUUACAUUUUCAAGGAACUACUUGGGAAUGGUGGUGGGUUGCAGAAAAACUCUUCAAAAGCGCCAUGGCCGCUGGUGAAGCUGUUGAAAAUGAUGACCAGCAAACCUUAACCACGAUAAAAUAUCUCUACGGACGUUUCCUAUUUAACGAAAUGAAGGAGACUAAAGUGUCCUUGAAAUUUUUGGACGAAGCCAGACAGGCGUCGGAGGAAAAAUGGUGGAACGCAUCCAAGAUACUUGGUAUUAAACAGGACAGCAUCUUCAGGGAGUGUAGCACCCUUCUCUACCGCGCCAUACUGGAAAUGGCCAUAAGGGCGCAAAAAAACAACGAUACCGAUCUCGCGAUCGCGGCUUGCCAGAAGGCGCUGAAGUAUGCCACAGACUCUGACCACGAGGAGUACAUAACCGACGUGUUGUGUGUAUUGGGAAGAAGCUACUUGGCUGCAAACCAGCUGCAGUUGGCCCUGCAGAAUUUCAUCAAGUACCUGAACCUCUCCAGGCAGAUUUUUGACCACGAUGGUAUUUGCAACGCCCACAUGGAGCUGGCCUUCACCUACAAAGAACUGGGCGAUCCAACGAGCACCAUGGAACACCUUGAAUGCCUCCGGGAAACAGCUUCUAAGUUCGAACUGCCCUACAAACUCGCGCAAGCCCAUUACCACAUCGGCGAGCAUCUUCUGACUCACGGUGUACUACCCGCGGCCACUUCGCACCUGGAAUUUGCUUUCACCCUCUACAACGGAAUGGGCCAGACGCUGGAAGCUAAUCACGCUCGCUGUAUAGCGGCAGUUUCGAAAGGGCAAGAAUUCAUCGACCAAUACAUAGAAUUGAUACUCCAAUCCGGAGAGUACGAUCAAGCGGCUACCGUAAGGCUUUGUGAUUGGAAAAAUAAGAGAGUACCAUUUUGGAGGGAAAAAAAAUACACUUGCGAAGCCUACGGUGAAAACGAUGAUGGUAAAUACACAUACAAGACGCGGUAAUCUGAGGAAUAAUUAUUCGAAUAAAUAAGCCAGAUAAAACAGAUGAUUCGCUUGAAUCUACGAGAAAAUAUGACGUUUUAGGUCAGGAAUUUCACC